UUUGACAUCGACAUUCGGGAGUUUUGUUUUCAAUUAAUUCCAUAUCUAAAACCAAUUUUCGUAUCGUCGCCCAGAGCUACUUACAGAACAUUUACAUGAAAUUAGCUCGAAAAUGCUGUCAAAAAUAGAGUUCGAUGAAUGCUUGAAAGACUCGCCGAAAUUCAGAGCAUUCCUUGAAGAAGAGGAAACAGUGAUCGAUCAUUUAGAACAGAAAUUGGAUAAAGCAAUUAAAAUGUGUACGAUCGCUGUAGAUAGUGGAAAAGAGUAUGUCAAAAAUCAAAGCGCCUUUGCCACGUCUCUAUGGGAUUUACGAACACAUUUCCAAGAGGAUACAUCUGCACACAAUGCACUGGGCAAAAUAAUUCAUUGUCUUCAAGAAAUGAACAAGUUUCACACAAUUUUGCUGGAUCAAGCCAGUCGAACUGUGCUGAAAAAUUUAACUUCCUACGUCAAGCAAGACAUUAAAGAGGUGAAAGAUUUUAAACAUUUAUUUUCCAAAGUUUCGGAAAGUUUGGACACUGCCUUAACAAGAAACGCCCAAGCCAAUAAGAAUCGUAUUGCUGAAGUGACUGAAUCGGCAAAUAUCCUAUCUGCCACAACUUCUUGUUUCCGCCAUACCGCACUGGACUACGUGAAUUUGUUGGUGAUGCUGCAAUCGAAAAAGAGACCGGAGAUUCUUUGGACGCUCCUAAGCUACUAUCAAGCGUGCAAUACUUUCUACCACCAGGGAUCUGAUUUGUGCAACGAUUUUGAACAAUUUUUCAAAGGACUCGCCGAUGAUAUUAACGACAUGCGCGCCGAAUCGAAAGCUUUGGAGAAAACGAUGCAAAAUCGUCAUAUGUGCGUUAGCAGUUUUGUCGAUGAUAAAUUGGAAAAUCAGAGCGAUAAUACUCAAAUCCCAAAACAAAUCGAGGGUUACCUAUUCAAACGUACGUCGAAAGGAUUUAAAACGUGGAAUCGACGAUGGUUUUAUCUGUUUGACAAUCAAUUAGUUUACAAAAAAAGGGGUGACGGAGACGUCCCAACGGUAAUGGAGGAAGAUUUACGCAUAUGUACCGUUCGACCAGUUAACGAUUCUGAUCGACGGUUCUGUUUCGAAGUCAUAUCUCCAACAAAGUCACAUAUUCUUCAAGCUGAUUCGGCUGAAAUUCUGCACCAAUGGAUAUCUGCAUUGCAUAAAGGUAUCGGGGCUGCUAUCAACUGUGGUCAGUUGAGUAAAGUAGAUCAGCUAACGCCGGUAGGCUCUUUGCCGGGUGCAAGUAAUUUCAAAAAAAUUAACUGGGAGCAAUUUCUGAAAAUACCCGGAAAUUCUCAAUGUUGCGAUUGCCGUCAUCCAGAGCCACGUUGGGCUUCCAUUAAUCUUGGUAUAACGUUGUGCAUUGCUUGCUCAGGUGUCCAUCGCAGUCUGGGCGUUCAUCACAGCAAAGUUAGGUCGUUAACGCUAGAUGCUUGGGAACCGGAAAUUGUAAAAGUUAUGAUGGAACUGGGCAACGAAAUAGUGAAUCGUGUCUACGAAGCUCAAGUGGAUGAAGCAGUAGUUAGGGCCACAGAAAAUUGUGACGGUACGAUCCGAGAAAAUUGGAUCAAAGCCAAAUAUGUGGAAAAACGUUUUGUUUUGCCAAUGGAUAGUGGAUUGACGAAACGAAAUGAUGGCGGUCAUGAAUUGUCUCUUCCACGGACAACGGUUCGGAAAUGGAGUGUUCGGAAAUUGAGAAGACGACCGAAAAGUAAAUCGAAAGAGAAAAUGAAAGCAUGCGACGAGGAAACGGCUAGUACGGCGAGUGGAAAAAGUGGUGACUCAAGUGGAAGUGUAUUGGUCAUUGGAAAGGAUCUAUGUAAUUCGGCGUUGAAGGAAGAUUUUGCGUUGAGUUCGGAUCAGGAAUCAACUGGAGGCGAAGAUAAUUUGUUUGAGGACGAAGACAUAUCGAGCUUAAACCCAAAUUUACUGCUAUAUAAGUCGGCCGGCGUACAUAACCUUCCUGUUAUGUGUCAAGCAUUUGCUUUAGGUGCAAGUAAAUCUUGGACUAAUAUAAAUGACCUAAACCGAACAGCAUUACAUCAGGCUAUACUCUCGGGUUCGGUAAUGGCCUGCGAAUAUCUACUUUUAAAUGGCAUUCCAAUCGACUCAGUGGACGAUAAUGGAUACACAGCCUUACAUCUAGCUACCGAAAAGGGGUGCACUUCGCAAGCAUAUCUGCUUUUAAAGCAUCGUGCAAAACAUGACAUCGAAGCCAAUGACAGCAAACGUCCCAUUGACAUUGCAGUAGACAAAGCAAAUGCUGAUAUAGUAACACUAUUACGUUUAACAAAAUUGCACGAAGAAAUCGGAGUAGAGGAGCAGGGUAAUGGUGAAAGCGAUACAUACAAUCAUGUGAUGAGAGAUUUCUCCCAAAUGGCCGUCAAUCAACCGCAACGCUUACAACGAAAUCCCAAAACAAAUGAUCAAUAUGAUGAUGAUGUAGAGAAUGAUUGAUUCAAUCCGUGUGAUGUUAAUUAUUGUGAAAUAAUUUUAAGUAGAAACAUAAUUUGUAAUUGAACAUUUUUGGAUGUGCUAUUGUAAGGUAACUGUGCGGAAAAUGACCGGCUUGUGAAUUUUUAAAUAAUUGUUUGUCCAAUUGGGGCAGUUAGGGAGUGGGGAACAAAGGAGCUUCUCAAUUGAAGCAACCUCCCAAAUCUCUUAUCUAUUAUUGUUGUCCAAUGUGCAAACAUUGUCACAGAAUUUUAGGAACGAGCUGCUUUCAAAUUUUAACAUGAGAGGCUAAGUGUGUCUGCUACUGCUUCUUACUUUCUUUCUUAUUUAUUACAAGUUUUGAAAAAUGUCUACAAUAGUCCGAACCUCACCUGUAAUUACCUGGCAGUUGAGAAGCUUGCUUAACCUCACAUAAUGGUAGGUUGCUUUAUAAUCAGUGUUUUAAUGGAAAAAUGGUAAAUUACAUUGGAUUUGGUGUAAUGAAUUACAUGAGAGAUCAAUUUGUGAUAUGAGCCGAACUCACAAGUGAGGUUUAAAGUAACAAGCUUUGGAAACGGUUAUUUUGACAAGUGUAGAGUUUGCAUAUCCGAGCCGCAGGCGAAGCAUGCAACUACCCUAGUCGAAAUAACAGCCUCCAAACCGGGAUUCACUUGGAAGAGCUGACAUUUUGGAUUUAGCAAUAUGUCAGGAUUUAGCCCAUUUCAAGGGAAUGCGUUAAAAUACACGAGUAGUUGGCGAGUUCACAAAUUGAUUUCGAGGUAAUGAACUACUUCCACCACAUCCAAUGUAUGCUAUUUUAAUGCCAGCCUUAUAUACCCAUGCAAACCAAAUUCGUUCCUUACAUACAGUUUGUGGAAGGUAGAAUUCAGUUGGAACACUCAAAACUCCUUCCUCACACAGUUUUGUAGCGGAAUGUGCGAAUAGCAUUUUUGAUAAUAUACUGCUUGCGAAC